AUCGCAGCGUAGGUGGGCGGGGCGACCACACCUCUUGUGGGUGGACCACCAUCCGCCGCCGUGCGUUCAGUAGAGAAAAUGGAGACACGGAGAGAUUCUUCGUUCUACGUGGUCAGACUUCCACUUUCCGUGUUUGAGACUGACCCGGAGGUGUCCAUUAGACCCGAAUUCGAGAGCGUUUUCAGGUCGUAUGGGGAGGAAGUUUCAUUCAUGUACCUAAAGAGCUUUGGCCGAGUGCGUGUUAUUUAUCCAGACCCCGAGCAGUGUUCCACUGCCUGGGCUAACCUCAGAGGAAAAGAGUUUCAUGGGAGCACCCUUCAACUAAGACGAAUUACUGCAGUCACGAUAGGCUCUCAGUGGCUCGAGCUACCUGAAAAGACACAAAAUGUUUCUUCUUUCUCCCCCAGCCUCUCCUCCAGUUGGCUGGGAGCAGUCGCACGAGGCUCCGCCCGUUCGUUUGGACUUCAAGCUCGUGGCGGCGCUCGCUUCACUACAACUACCUGGAGAGAUUCAGGAGCUCCAUGAAGCGACUGAGAGGACUCCAGGCAUUGUUCUGGUGACAGCUGAAGACGGUGGCGCUGACACUACUCCUGCCGUCUGUCGUGAAGACGACGGACCACGAAUCAAGAUGAAUGCUCUUCCCAGAGAUUUAGUUCAGACAUCCAGACCCCCUCUUUCAAUGUCCUCCUAGUGUGUGUGUGUGUGCCUGUGUAUAUAGUGUGUUUUGUGACGAUGUUUUUGUGCACUAAAUAUUGGAGCACCACACGCUCACCCAAUCCUGAAUCCAUGAGAGC